GCAUGGGUUACGCACGAAUGAACCAACAAUGGAAAGACUGGGAUAGAGAGACCGGGAGCGAGAGGGAAAGAUUUAACCAUUAAGUCUCAUUAAAACAAAUGAUGAGAUUUUAUUUAUAAACAUAUAAAAACAGUUCCAUCUAGAAACAAUUCAGUCAGUUGCAAGUUGAGAAUUAAAUCGGCAAGAACCAAAAUCAAAUUCAUCCACAAACGUCAAGAAAAAUGUUGCGAAAAUCCAUAAUGGAGUGCAUUUUGAUAAUAUUCAUUGCAUUAUUCCUGCAAUUGGCAAACUCACAAUAUUACGGAUAUCCUUAUUACACGGGAACAAAUACCGGAGCUGGAGCUGGUGCUGGUUAUGGCAAUAUCUAUGGCAAUGGCCUUUAUGGAUAUCCCUCAUAUGGCGGCUAUCCGUAUUAUACCUAUCCAAAUUAUGGUGGCUAUAAUACAUAUAAUCCAUAUAGUAUAUAUGGCCAAUAUGGUGGCUAUCCGUCAUAUGGCGGUGGUUACGGUGGUUAUCCCUACGGUGGCAUGAAUACAGCCUAUGCCAGCAGUAGUGGAGGAUUUGCCAGUGCCAGUGCGAGUAGUGGAGCUGGUGGUGGCUAUUAUGGUUAAUUAGUUAAAUGUUUAACGAACUGUAUAUAGUAUUUAAGUUUUGUUGUAGUUUAUAAUAUAUAUAAUCCAUUUUUUUUUUGCAAACCAAAAGCUGAA